AUGGAUCUGCUGCAGGACCUUGUGCUGGUGGGCGGUGGCCACAGCCACGUGGAAGUCCUGCGCAGCUUUGGCAUGAAGCCUCUGCCAGGCGUGCGGCUGACGCUCAUCACAAAGGAUGCCCAUACUGCCUACAGUGGGAUGCUGCCUGGUUAUGUCAGCGGUUUCUAUACUCAUGACGAGUGCCACGUGGAUCUGAACAGACUGGCGCGCUAUGCCGGCGCUGCAUUGAUUCUGGAGUCGGCAGUUGGGCUUGAUCUGCAGAAGCAGCUAGUGAAGCUGGGGAGCAGCCGGCCGCCCAUUGCGUAUGAUGCGCUGUCCCUGGACACCGGCAUAACACCCUCGGCUCAGGGGGUGCCUGGGGCGUUGGAGCACGCCACUCCUGUCAAGCCUGUGUCCAGCUUUGUGGACCGUUUUGGGAGACUCAUAGAGCGGCUAAAGUCGCAAGACGAGGAUCUCUCGGUGGCAGUGGUGGGUGGGGGAGCUGGGGGAGUCGAGCUGGCACUGGCAGUGCAGCACAGAUUACAUUCUGAGCUGCAGGAUCAUGGCGUGCCUUCUGAUCGCAAGGUCAUUGUUAAACUCAUCUGCAAGGGUCAGCUACUGCAGCAGCACACUCAGUAUGCGAGGAACAUAUUCCUGCGCGUUCUGAAGGAGAGGGGCGUGCGAUUGUUUGAGGGCAGGGGCGUUGCAGCAGUGGAGGCAGGACAGCUGGUGUUAGAUGAUGGCAGCAAAGAAACCUUUGAUGAGGCGCUUUGGUGCACGCAAGCCGCCGCCCCUACCUGGCUGGCGGACACCGGCCUGCCUCUAGACAGGGCAGGCUUCAUCAGCAUAGACGAGUGCCUGCAAGCGGAUGGGCUGGAGAAUGUGUUUGCGGUGGGUGACGUGGCAACUUCGAUUAGUCACCCUCGGCCCAAGGCCGGGGUGUACGCCGUGCGGCAGGGGCCCCCGCUGGCCGACAACCUCCGCAGGCGCGUUUCCUCCCUCCAGCUGCGGCCGUUUGUGCCCCAGAGCACCCACCUGGGCCUCAUCACCACAGGGGACAAGUACGCGGUCGCCACCAAGGGCUGGUUUUGCUUCGAGGCAAGCCCUUCUCCCCCCUGUAACAUCAACUGCUGCCCGGCUGCGUGGCUGUGGACAUGGAAGGAUCGGAUAGACAGGGCGUGGAUGGCCAAGUACGGAAAUGACCUGGACUUUGGCAUGGGUGACUCACCUGGGAGGAGCACGCCAAAAGAGGACGCAGUGGCAGCUGCAGCCGGCCCCGAGGCGAUGCAAGCCCUGACUGCCGCGAAAAUGCGCUGCGGCGGCUGCGGAGCAAAGGUGGGCUCAACUGUGCUCAGUCGAGUGCUGAGCAAGCUGCAGCAGGAGGAAAGUGGUAGUCAUGGGGUAGUCGUCGGGUUAAAUGAUCCCGAUGACGCGGCGGUCGUUCGGCCGCCGUCCCCCGGCCACGUCAGCGUGCACACCGUGGACUUCUUCCGUUCAUUCAUCGACGACCCCUACGUCUUUGGGGCCAUCACAGCAAACCAUGCGCUCGGGGACUGCCACGCAAUGGGAGCCAAGGCCACGUCAGCGCUGGCGAUAGCCGUAGUGCCCUACGGCCUGGAGAGCAAGGUGGAGGGAACGCUGCACCAGAUGCUGGCCGGUGCGCUGGGCACGCUGCGUGCGGCAGGCUGCGAUCUCAUCGGCGGGCACACCUGCGAGGGCGCCGACCUCUCUCUCGGCUUCUCGGUGAAUGGGAGCUGUGAGGAGGGGCGGCUGCUGCGCAAGGGGGGCCUGCAGCCAGGGAACGCCCUCAUACUCACCAAGCCGCUCGGCACCGGCGUCCUUUUUGCGGCGGACAUGCGCGGCCGAGCCAAGGGGCGCUGGAUCGCCGGUGCGCUGGAGAUGAUGCAGCAGUCCAGCGAGGCGGCAGCCGCCACCUUGGCGACAGCUGGCGCCACGGCGUGCACCGAUGUCACUGGCUUUGGCCUCAUCGGCCACCUGGCAGAAAUGGCACGCGCAUCACGGGUACGUGUAAGCUUGAGAGCUGCCGAAGUGCGGCUAUUAGAGGGGGCGCAGGACUGCGCCAGGGGAGGCAUCGCCAGCUCACUGCUGCCGCAGAAUCUGGCCGCGGCUGCGCUCGUCUCUGAUGGCGAUGCGGCUGCUGAGUCGUCGAUCUGGCCCCUCCUAUUCGACCCCCAGACCGCCGGAGGGCUGCUCGCCGGGGUGCCCAAAGAAGCAGCGGCCGACUGCGUACAGAGACUAAGAGAACAAGGCUACAGAGAGGCAGCGAUAGUGGGAGUGGUUCUCAAUUCAUAUGAUGGCAAUCAGGGCGGUACUUCCACAAAACUCAUAGAAAUUGAGUGA